GAUAGCUUCAGUGAGCUGCUGGCGGAUGCCUAGCGUCCAAGCGACCUUCGACCUUCCCCAGCGGCUCUGCACGACCGGAAGUAGCUAGUGGGUGAAACCGGAAACGGAUUUCCCGGGGACGCUGCGGGGUGAGGUUCUCUCUGUGUAACUAAGGCUGGUGUUGAACUUUUGAUCCUCCUGCCUCAGCCUCCCAAGUGUUGGGUUUACAGCAUGCUGAUCCCAUUUUCAAUGAAGAAUUGCUUCCAGUUACUUUGUAACCACAAGGUCCCAGCAGCUGGCUUUAAAAACACAGUAAAAAGUGGGCUCAUUUUACAGUCAAUUUCCAAUGAUGUUUACCAAAAUCUGGCUGUAGAAGACUGGAUCCACGACCAUGUGAAUCUAGAAGCCAAGCCAAUUCUUUUCUUUUGGAGGAAUUCUCCCGCUCUUGUGAUUGGGAGGCAUCAGAAUCCUUGGCAGGAAUGUAACCUGACUCUGAUGAGAGAAGGAGGUGUAAAACUGGCUCGGAGGCUGAGUGGAGGAGGAACAGUGUACCAUGAUAUAGGCAAUAUCAAUCUCACUUUCUUUACAACCAAAAACAAGUAUGAUAGAAUGGAAAACCUGAAAUUAGUUGUGAGAGCUCUCAAUGCUGUCCAACCCCAGCUGGAUGUGCAGGCUACAAAAAGAUUUGACCUUUUACUUGAUGGGCAGUUUAAGAUCUCAGGAACAGCUUCUAAGAUUGGCAGGACUGCGGCUUAUCACCAUUGCACUUUGUUAUGUAGUACUGACAGGACUUCUUUGUCAUCUUUGCUGAAGAGCCCGUACCAAGGAAUCAAGAGCAAUGCCACUACUAGCACACCUGCUAUAGUAAAAAAUCUUCUGGAAAAAGAUCCCACUCUGACCUGUGAGGUACUGAUAAAUGCUAUUGCUUCCACAUAUGCUGCUCAUCAUCAAAUUGAUAAUCAUAUCAACCUAAUAAACCCAACAGAUGAGACAUUGUUUCCUGGAAUAAAUAGCAAAGCCAAAGAACUACAAACUUGGGAGUGGAUAUAUGGCAGAACUCCAAAGUUUAGUGUAAACACUACUUUUAAUGUGUUAUAUGAGCAGGAACACUUGGAAAUUAAAGUAUUUCUAGACAUAAAGAAUGGGAGAAUCGAAAUCUGCAAUAUUGAAGCACCUGAUCAUUGGCUGCCACUGGAAAUAUAUGACAAAUUAAAUUCAAGUUUGACUGGCAGCAAGUUUUGUCCAAUUGAAACUACCAUGAUAACACAUAUGUUACUCAGAACAUGUCCAGAAGACCAUGAAUUACAUAGUAAAUGGAAUAUUCUCUGUGAAAAAAUUAAAGGAAUAAUGUGACUCCAAAGAA